CCUACUUGGACCAUCGACCCCCAGGCCUAACAAAAGCACUCCAGUAUCUGUAUACUUCGAAUUAUACAUAUACUCGAGCCCAAUCGACACGCUUUCAGACCAUACCGACGGAAACCUAGGACUCAACAUGGUCAGGCUUGGCGCUCUUGCCUUUGGGCUGCUCACUGUUGUGGCUCAAGUGAGCGCUCAGAAAACAGUCAAGAUCAUGCCUUUUGGUGCCUCGAUAGUCAGCAGAUGUUGGCGGGCAAACCUCCAGACCAAGCUCCGCAAUGAGGGAUUCACAAACUUCGACUUCGUCGGCACACAAAAAAGCAGUUGUGCCGGAGCCAACAUAGAUCAAGACCAUGAAGGCCACCCAGGCUCCCAAGCAACCGACUACGCCGCCAAGGGUAACCUUACAGUCUGGCUCAACGCCGUCGACACCCCUGACGUGAUCCUCAUGUUGCUCGGAACCAACGAUGUACUGCUCGGCAAGAAGCCUGUCGGCGACAUUCUCAAAGCCUACGACGUCCUGAUCGAGCAGAUGCGCGCCAAAAAUCCUAAGAUGCACAUCCUCUUCUCCAACCUGCUGCCGUUGGAUCCCGCUCGCUGGCCCGCCACUGGUGCCCAGGGCAUCGAGCAACUCAACACGGCGAUCAGACAAUAUGUGCCCAGCAAGAACACGCGGGACAGCCCUGUCGUGUUCGUCGACAACUUCACGGGCUUUGACGCCGUUGCUGAUACCACGGAUGGCGAGCACCCGAAUGAUAGCGGGAAUGAGAAGAUGGGAAGCGUGUUCUAUGCGCCGACGCGGGAUGCGAUUAAAGCUGUGAGUGCUACGAAACCGACCGUGAAGCGUGCGAGUGGAUUUCUGAACCGAAGGUUGGCGUUGCUUACGAUGUAACGGGAGAGUGUAUUGGAGACGGAUGAUGACGGCA